CCUCAGUAUUAUGUCUGCACUUCGAAAGAAAUUUGGGGACGAUUAUCAGGUAGUGACCACCUCAUCUAGCGGCUCUGGCUUUAACCAGCCAGCCCCAGAGAAGAAAAGGAAGAGGCAGCGCUUUGUGGACAAGAACGGGCGAUGUAACGUCCAGCAUGGAAACCUCGGUGGAGAGACCAGCAGAUAUUUGUCAGAUCUCUUUACCACACUGGUAGAUCUGAAAUGGCGAUAUAAUUUGUUCGUUUUUAUCCUAACUUACACUGUGGCUUGGCUGUUCAUGGCCUUUAUGUGGUGGAUUAUUGCCUACAUAAGGGGAGACCUCAACAGAACUCACGAUGACAAAUACACGCCAUGUGUUGCCAAUGUUUAUAACUUUCCAUCAGCUUUCCUUUUCUUCAUUGAGACCGAGGCCACUAUAGGCUAUGGCUAUAGAUACAUCACAGACAAAUGUCCCGAGGGGAUCAUACUCUUUCUGUUUCAGUCAAUUCUUGGAUCAAUAGUCGAUGCAUUUUUAAUCGGCUGUAUGUUCAUUAAGAUGUCUCAGCCCAAGAAAAGAGCUGAGACCUUAAUGUUCAGUGAACACGCGGCCAUUUCAAUGAGGGAUGGAAAACUCACUCUGAUGUUCAGAGUCGGUAACCUGCGCAACAGCCACAUGGUCUCAGCACAAAUACGCUGCAAAUUGCUCAAAUCUCGACAGACGCCCGAAGGCGAGUUUCUUCCGCUGGAUCAGUUAGAGUUAGAUGUGGGCUUCAGCACCGGGGCGGAUCAGCUCUUUCUCGUGUCACCGCUCACCAUCUGUCACGUGAUCGACACCAAAAGUCCAUUCUACGAACUCUCCCAGAGAUCCAUGCAAACGGAGCAGUUUGAAAUUGUAGUGAUCUUGGAAGGCAUUGUGGAAACUACAGGCAUGACGUGCCAGGCGAGGACCUCCUACACGGAGGACGAGGUGCUGUGGGGCCACCGUUUCUUCCCGGUCAUCUCCCUGGAGGAGGGCUUCUUCAAGGUGGACUACUCGCAGUUCCACGCCACCUUCGAGGUGCCCACGCCACCCUACAGCGUCAAGGAGCAGGAGGAGGCUCUGCUCAUGUCCUCACCACUCAUGGCGCCCUCGCUGUGCAACAGCGGCGAGCGCAACAGCCUGGACUGCCUGGAGCUCCUGGAGGACACGGAGAGUGCCGCCGCCGCGGCCACCAGCAAGCUGCCGGCCAAGCUGCAGAAGAUGACCGGCCGCGACGGGCUUCCGCGCAAGCUGCUGCGCAUGAGCAGCACCGCGUCGGAGAUGACCUACAGCCUGGGCGACCUGCCCAUGAAGCUGCAGCGCAUCAGCUCGGUGCCCGGCGUGGCCGAGGCCCACCGGCACCUAGAGGCCGACCGGCACCUAGACUCGUCCGACCGGCACAUGGGCUCGGCCAAGACGGCCAAGAUGGGCGCUGACCCCAUGAGCCAGUCGGUGGCGGACUUGCCACCCAAGCUGCAGCGGAUGGCCGGGGGCUGUGGCGGGCGCAUGGACGGCCACUUGCCCCCGAAACUGCGUAAGAUGAACUCGGAGCGCUUCACGUGAAGAUGGGGUCUAAGGGGGCAAACAAACACACUGGUUCGACAUGUCCAUCCUGCCCCCUCUUCGUCUCUUCACCCCCCCACCACCCCCUCCCCUGAAACACUUACAUAUAUAUCCAAGGACAACGUUCUUAUAUCUGAACUGAUGCACAGUCUAUCUACAUGCACACACAAUGUGAACUUUAUCUGUAGUAGGGUAAUUUACAAAAGCACCAUGUUGCUCCUGGAUGCAUUGUCUGUAUCCACGCAGUGAACAAAUUCCUCUUGAUUACUUCAGGUUCCAUGUAAUUAGCACAAUCUGGCAUGUAUCAAACACUAAGUGCAUGUUAUUUAAAACCUCUCUUAUUUAUUUCUGGCAUGCCUUGUUUGUACAUAUAUUUUUCACAGCAGAGAUUAUUGAAUUAGUGGAUGAACUUGCUAAGAAACUGGGGAAAGGAGAGAAUUUACACAAACCGGGUUUGUAGCAGAAGAGAAACAUGCCACAGAGAACACAUCUGAAGUUUUUGUUCCGUGAUUUUCUUGAUUAUUGUGGUAAUAUUUGCUGAUGUUUUAUGCAUGUUCUAAAUUGUCCUAGCUAGGCAGAGGUAAUAGGCACAAAUGUUUAACUUUUAAUAUAUUACCUUGUUUAUGUUUAUCCUGGUUUCCACAGUUCCUUCAAGGCAGAAUUUCUGUUACUCCAUAUAUAUCAUUGAUAGAUACAAAAACACUGUUCAACGUUUUUUAAAAGAAAGGACAAUACUAUUCUUGUUACGACACAUUCAACUUGCAUUCUAUUACACAACACUUCAGUGCACAGUAUGAAACAAAUACAGAGGAAUAUUACUUGUACCCUACUGAACAUGCUGGGAUUUGAAGAAAGGUCUCACCUCUUCGACUUUAAUCAUUCCAGAGCAUGAGGUCUCCCUGCAACGAGGAUCAGAUCAAAUGUGUGAAAUGUCAGUGUUUGAUAGACAGUGUUGUGGCAAUUCCCUCCCUGUUAUUUAGCAUUCUACGAGCCAACUGCCACACAGAAAUAUCACAGGAAAUGAAAUCUCUGCUAAGGAUUUGCCCAUCUUUGUUUAAAGAAAGCAAUAAUAACAAUACUAUUUAUUUAGUCUUAGCAGAGGGUGUGUGAGGGGUGCAUCCAUCGCCACUGCAGCUUACUUGUAAUUUACCUUACUAUACUGACGUCAGUUUUUGUAUUGACUCAGUUCACAUUCUAUAAAGCUCCUAUUUGCUGCCUUUUUAUUUGAACUUCCUGAAAGAGACAAAAUUUGCCAGUGCCAUUUUAUUUCAUAGUCUCUUUUGAACCCCACCAGAUCAGAUCUGAAAGUAAUGCAUAAUAUAAAUCACAUCUAAUGCCAUCAACUGCAACUAAACAGGUAAACUCUUCAGUCCUCUUUGUAUUGAUAUAACUUUCUCCUGGAUUGCUUGGGCAAAGCAGUGAGACGGAUCAGCAUAUUAGCGCCCCUGAGUGCUUUUAUCCUCUGAAGACUUCAAGAGGAGCCUAAAUCCCGCUAAUGCACCUUGGAUGAGUGCUUCCCUCCCCAGAGCCAAUUUCUCUUUAUCACCAAGGAGAUCUUUGCACCCAGUGCCAUUCGCCAUUAUCAUCUGCCUGGAGAAGGCCUCCGCCACGGCGGCUGCUACUGCUUGUGUGCAGAGUGGCAUCCAUCGAAGCCCCACAAGCGGCAAAUUCCCCAAACGCCUCGGCAGUCAUGUGACGCAUGAGGUGUGUGGAAAUACCAGUGUUGUUGUUUUUUUACCUACUAUACUUCUUUUGUUCUUUCUUUUGUUAAGUGGUUUGACGUUUGUUUUUGAAAGCCAUAUAUAUUUGUUUGUCAGGGGACCGAACUCUUUAAUAUACAGAAAAAGAAAACAACCCACAGCAGAUCUAGCUUUUUUUCUAGUAUUUAUAGAUUUUAGCGAAAGGCUUUGAGGAAAGUGCCACAGCUGGCCUGUGGUGGGUUUGUGUUGAAAACAAAAAAGCACAAGAUUUGACAAUGCUAUAUACCUACCCACUAGACAUGUCAGUAAACUAACCCUUUAUAUCCUCUUUAGGCAUGAAUGUCAACUUUACACAAGGAUAGAACACCCAACUGUCUGAUGUACACUGCAUAAGUACUUCUACUGUACUGUACUGUACUAUUCUACACUGAUAAACUCCCCAGAGCAACAUUAGGUUUUCUGCGGAGUAUGUAACCUGUGACCUGCUGCUGUAGCCGAAGUCUAUAUAAGGUUGUCUACCCAGUUCCCAGAGAGGCUGUGUAAUUUUACU